AUGUCAAAGAAGAUCUUCAUGGAGCAGCGGUUGUCCUCCAGCUUGGUGAAGCCGCUGAGGGGCAAAAAGAAGGCAGAUAGUAACUACCAAUGGGAGCAGCAGCCAAGCACUUACAAACGGAAGAAGACAAAUGCUGAUCAUGAUUCCUCGUAUAACAAUGUGAUGCCACCAUCAGGCAAUGCUUGGAAUGCUGGAGAUGGAAUUGGAAGACCAAAUGCCAAGUCUAAUGCAGGAUCCAGUUGGGGUGAGAAAGAUAAGAUGGAGUCUGAUGAGCAUUUGAAAGUCCCAAAAGAAUCAGACACAUGGAAUACAGGGAAAUCAAAUGAAAGUCCAUGGGAUAACACUGAUGCACUAUAG